GCGGCGCGAGCAUCGCGCACACAGCGCCCGCGCGCGCCCUACUGCCCAUACAGUACACGACGCCGCGUCCCGCGAGCACAACCUUCCAAAUUCAAAAUUCGAACUGUCAAACUUCGAAAAAAGUUCUCAACGGCCAGUGCUCAGUCGAAUUAUUUUUAAAAGUGAGCUAAUUAACAGAUUAUGGGUUUGGCAACGGCCGCCCUUAUCGCGGGUCAACUUUUCGACCGACUUUUUGUGUUGUUUCUAUUAAAAGCUUGAAACGGUUUAAAGUAAGUAUAAAUACAAAUAUGUCUGGAAAAGUGUUAAUUUGUGAAGUGCAAAAAGUGGGCCGGCCAUGAAAGAGCGAUACAUUGUGAAGAAUUUUCGGUGGCAGGCGAAGAAUCAAAGACUGCGACUCGAUAUACGGAACGAAACAUGAGUGAUAAAACAAACUGACUGUUAAACAUUCGAAAAACGCCAAAUUGCGCUCGCUUCCAUUGUCGUUCACACUAACAUAUCGUAUUAUAAGGUUAAAGUUCAAUUAGAUUAAAUAGUACGUCGCCUUUUCUCGUGCCUAUCUCUAUCCAAUUCUAAAUCUUUAUCUAGUAAUAUAAAACAAUCGAUACUGUGAUUGACUUAAGUGAUAUCGGUGUCUGUGUAAAUAGUUUAAUUAGGCUCGCUAGUUAAUGAAAACAUUGAUAGUUCAAAUUGUAACGGAUUUAAGUGAAGUUUAUCUGUGGACGCUCAAUAAAGCCACAAAACUGGCAAGUAUGCAGGCAGCUCUUAUGAUAAGAGCUAAAUCUCGGGAGCGAAGAAAACAACGACUGAAGCGAGGUAUCAAGGCUGAAAUACCGAGUAACGUUGCUACAAAGCCCAUUGCACCUUUCCCGAGAUAUCCGCCUACUUCCUGGUGUGCCGCAGGCCGUGCAGCAUGGCAAGAGGCAGCCGCUCUGUCCGUUGGCGGCGGCGGCGGGGCCGCAGGCGGCGCAGCGCGGCGCUGCUCGGUGUUGGGCGACCACCCCGGCGCGAGGCGAGACCCACGGGCCAAGUGGCACAGGAACAACCGGGUGCGCGAUGCGUCAUACGGGUCGUCAUCGGAAUCGGACGGGGACGAGGCGAGCGGCGAACCGUGGGGGGUCGCCCGGCUUCUGUACGCGGGCUUGGCGACUUUGGCCGUCGGACUAGUGGUAUACUUCGUGGGCACUGGAGACAAGCCUUCCCAGGGUUUCAAGACACCAGCCCUGCGGCUGGUGGGACCGUCUCUCAUAGUCGCCGGGCUGGCGUGCUGCCUGCUGCGUAUUAUGUUCUGUAUCUGCGCCAAGCCUUGCUGCAAACGACGGACCAACCACAAAGAGAACAGAAGACUGUCAGGCGGCGUGGAGGGCGAGGAGAUGCCGCUGGCGGGGUGCGGCGCGCGCGCCGGCCCCGCGCAGUGCUCGCCCGCGCGCCGCCUCGACGCGUCCUCGUGCGACGUGUCCAGCCUCUCCAGCGGCGAGGAGGACGAGCGGCUCCGGAGGUACCGCACCCACCAGCCGAACCCGCACCCGCAGCCGCAGCCUCAGCCGCAGACUGUCCUUGUGCAACAGGCCAACCCGCCUCGCCCCUCCGUGUCCGCACUGAGCAGUGCGGGCAAGCGGCCGCCGCCGCGCAACGUGUCGUUCGCGGGCCCCGACGGCGAGAUCGUGCUCAGCCCUUCGCAGCUGCGCUCGUAACCAAGCAAUAAACUGUACGGUGAUAUUGUAACGCUGUGCCAAAAUGUAUGCGCUCGAUUCACCUCGCCCUGUAUCUAUAUUUAAAAUUAUAAAGCUGAAGAGUUUGCUUUUUGGUUGAACACGCUAAUCUCAGGAACUAUUGGUCCGAUUAGAAAAUUUCUUUCAGUGUUAUAUAGCCUAUUUACUGAGAAAUUCUAUAGGUCAUCAUCACGCUAAGACCAAUAGCAGCGGAGCAAUAAUGAAGAAUGUUUCGAAAUCGGUUCUUUUUUUCCUAUUGAGAGUUUCCGCUGCGUGCGCUGCGAGCUAGCAUAAGCCCAAAGUAACUAAGUACAUGUAUUCCCCGCGAACGAUGUCGCGGGAAGAAGCUAGUUGUUCUAAUAGUUCUACGUUUGCGCGUCUCACCUGGCCUUUUUGUAUCUAUAUAUCAAACCAUUAGAACCGUUUUGUUAAAUUCUCACAAGACCACAGCUCAUCUCUUCCAAUGACAUAGCUUCACGCUAAACUAUAACCAAAGGCCAAAUGCUGCAAAAAAGAAAUCAUUACAAAUAUUUAAUAACGGCAGACAUUUUGGCAUAGUGUUACCAGAUUCGAUAUUCCGUCACUUGUACAUUUCUACAAACCGUUAUAACAAACGUUUUUACGUAAUUAUGUGAUAACGUGAAGUGAACAUUUGCACAUUUUGUAUCGAUAGGUGUCACGUUCAUCGAUAUAUUUAUUUACGUUGUGCAACGAGUGUAUGAACAACUAUGGUAGAUUUUGUUAUUUUACGGUAGGGUUCGUGUCAUAAGCGUUUAAACUCCGUAGUGAUUUUACUGAAUGUGCUAGUUCCAUCCAUCUUUAAGCAUACUAGUCGAAACAUUGACAGAUAAGAUGCAAUUUCAUUGAAAUUAUCCACUAAAGCGUAUCUACCAAACUAUAUGACACUCAAGAAAAUGCAUCUUAUUGUUAUAUGUAACUAAAUAGAUAUUGAAUGUAUAAUAUAAACAUAAUUAUUUUAAAACUGCCUAUUACUAGAUGCGAAUUUAUAUUUAAAUAUAAAAUUCAUAAAAAUAGAUUUAUAACUGACAAUAAUGAUUGUUAACUGAUGUAUAAAGUGUUAUGGCGUAUGUGCGUUGAUUUUAUUUUAAUUAUAUAAUUAUCCAAUCGAAUCCAAGUAGUUCAACCGCCGAGAAAAUAUCAACGCCUUAAGUUUUAAUAAUAUUUUUAUCUACGUCUAAUUACAUUUUAAAAUACAUACAAAUUAAUAAAUUUACAACGUUGAUAUCACUUUCAGUAACUCGUUUAACAGUAAAAUAACUGAUUAUUAUAAUAAAAACAAUGCUUCGAACUUAUGUUAAGGUUUCUAAUAUAUCUAUUCUCGACACUACAAAAACAAACCUUGGCGCUUGAACUACGUAAUAACACCAAAAUAAUAUUUAUAUUAUUAUAUAGUUAGCAAAUACAUGAAAUUCGAUGUAUAGUGAUACUGUUUGACAGUUACGUUUUUAUGUGUAAGGGAAUACGAUAAAUAAAUAAAUUAUGUGUUACUCGUGCAUUGUAUAUGGCACAUAUAGUGAAGUACUGUUUAUAAAUAUACUAUAUAAUAUAUUUUAGAAAUAUUUGCACCUUUCGUAGUGAAUCAAUUGUAUAUCUGCAGGUUUUAACUAGAACGUACUUUUAUGAACUCUGGCUUCGGAGUUGUAGAGGCGAAAUAAAAUCGUAUUAUAAAAUGAAAAUUUUUUGAUUAGUUUUGUCAAUUAUAAAUUUGUAAUCAGAUGAGAAAUGUAUAGUUAUUUUGUAUUAUUUAAAUCUAAGAAUUGUCAAUUACUUAAAUUAUUUUUCGCAUAGUAUUUGAAAUUACGCUUCUUUGAAAACACUUAAUACGCAUAAUGUUAAACAAAGUUCAUAUUAUCCAAAGAUUGAAGGAAAUUAAUAUUGAUUGCGCUGAUAAUCAUUUCUGGACGUUUAAUUUGUUAUGAAGGUUUGAAAACAACAAUAAUUAAUUUGCCUGAUUAAUAAAAAACGUAUUCGAAGCUAAAGAAUUUUCACCUCUCUUUGAUAAUUGUAUAUUUAUUAUUAUUAUACUUACGCCAUCAGAAGUUUUAACAUGAAAAUGCAUGGACAUUUAUAUUUUAGAGAUAACAAAUGAAACUAUUUCGUUAACAUUGAGGAAUGUAGCCACCUACAUAGACGUUAAGGAAAAACAUGAGCUUUAUUUAGAUUUACAGGUGGCUUGUAACAGCGUUGUGUAUAUAACCACCUCAUCUCAUACUUCCCAUAUUUAUUUUCACAAAGUUCUAUCCUAUUUAUAUAUUGUUUUUAAUAUUUAAGCGCACAUAUUCUGGUGACAGGGUGAUUUAAAUAUAUUUGUCUACCAGCAAAAUUUUCUAUAUCGUACAGAGCCGGAAUAAAAUCGGAGCUUAUCUUUCAUACUUCAUUCGAAAUUAUUCUAUACUUAUACCUUUUAUAUUUUAACAGAUUAAAUAUUUCUGAGAGUAUAUUGCACUUUCCGGCUCUAGUUGUUAACGUUUCGAAUACACAGUUUUCUCACAGAUUAUACAGUCUUCUUAUUUGUAAAUGAUAUUCGACAUUUAACAAAGAAAAUAUUUACCUAUCCACAUUUUUAUCAGCGUUACGAUGCAGUGUACCUUUGUAAUUUUUUAAUCAGCACCUUAUUUUUGUGAUAAGAUAGAUUAUGCGACAUUUAUAAUGAAAUAACGUUAUGAUAAAAAAUGGCAAACAUAAAUUAAUAAUUAUAUACCGAAUAACAAUCGAUCGCCUCUCAUUACGGUUAUAUCCACAAGUUCCUUUUACUAGAAUGCAGUAGAAAUACAUAAUAUUAUUUAUUUAAUAAAAAGAGUUAUAUUCUAAAACCUGAGGUACUGUAUCACUGCAUAAUGUCAUCAUUAUACAUACCAAAUUUAACAAAGCAAACAGUUUCAAGUGUACAUUACGGCGAAUAUAUAUACACUAUAACUCACCUAACUCGAAUGCAUCAAACUUAGUACACAAAUCAUCGUGACUGUACCCUCCCAUCGACAGAGAUAAAUAGAAUUUAAUCAGGAAACAUUAACGGUAAAUAACGCUUACAUUUAAGUAUCAGGCAUUCAUGUCACAAGGGUCAUCACGAACCACAAGACGUUUUUGUACUGAACACAUGAAUUUCUUGAGUAGGUAUAUUAAUUUUCUUAGUACUUCAGGUUAUAGCAAAACAAGCAUGUGCUUCCAAAUGCUUAGUUAGAUAAUUCUGCCAUUACUAGGAUGUGCUUAGCUUCUUAUUAAUCCACGUGUAUAAAUACUUCGGCCUAAUACACGCAAGAAUAGAAUUGAAUAUUUAAUAAUACAUGAAGAAGUACAGUAAGUAGCAUUUAAACUCGAGCUUGCUGUCAUAUCUAAGUUAUAUUUAUUUUAUGUACAGAGCUUUAUCGUUCGAAGGCAAUAGCAAUAAUGAAAAUAGUAAUAAUAAUGUAUGUUUAUAUAAUACCUGUAAAAUACGGCUUAGUGAGGCUGUAACAUCCUAGUACAUAUAAGUUGCGCAGACCAAAAUAAAGAUGUUCAAUAUAAUAAGUGAUUUGUUUAAGAUUAGGUAUAUUUCAGUCUGUCUAUUUUAGUACUCAACCUUAAGUACUGUUAAUUAAUUUAAUAUCUAAAUCAAACUUAAUAAAAAUUAAUUAUCGUAUAAUGUUAGGGUUGCCAACUCUUCGUUUACGGAAACGUAAUAAUAAUUCACAACUAUCAAAUGUCAUCUCCCUUUAUAUUAUUUUAUUUAUAUCUAAAUUGUGAAGAAGCCGCAAUUUCCAAUAGUUCUAAGUAAACUAUAUUAUAUUUUAAGAGUUUGCAAUCCGUAACGGAUAUAUAAAACGAUCCUUCGGCAAUACGACUAUCAUAUUUUAAAACUGCUAGUUUAUGUGUGACUAUAUUAAGCAACUUUGCAAUCAAAAUGUAAUAUAUCGAAUCUCAAUGUAAGAAUGUGACUAAUCUAUAUUAUGUCGAUGCUCUAUGCUUUGUACUGGUGCGCGUACAUUGGGGCGAGCCGAGCGGUAACACAUCUAUCUUUUUAGUUUAGUUGGAGAUGAGACCUGUUUCUUUUCUUUACCCUUCCUCCUCCGUCAAACUACACUUUAUCCUUUAAAAACAUGCAACGCAUUUGCAAGAGCUCAACUGUACAUGGGCGUUGAUGAUUGAUUACGAUCAGACGAACCACGCUCAGUUACCCGUUAUGACAUAAAGAAUAAAUUUAAACUUUUGCACUCUUAUGUGAGUCUAUCAUAGGAGGCUUAUGUCUCUGCAGUUGUAACAAAUAUGAACUGAUGGUGAUGAUACUCGUGUCAGUAGAUAUGACUUCAUUAUCAACGACUGGAAUGAAUGCCUAUAGCACUUUGAUUUUUUUUCUAAGAUCUUGGUAUUCACCAUGAUGUACAUUAAAAAAGACGACACAUGUAUAUAAGGUAUCAAGUCGACAUACAUCGAAUACAAGUUUUGCUUAAUUUGUGUAUGUGUGAAACAAUUUAUAUAAGUUUGUUAGUAUAUUACAUAACUAACAAAAACACGGUGCGCUAUUGACACGACUGGUAACUCACACAAUCUAUUCUAAUACACCUUAAAGUCGCCGCGCGACUCGUCCCGAUGUACGCACACCUUUAUUCUUCUUUCAUUCUGAAUACUUUUAUUAUAUUUCGUAUUUCUGUCCUUCAGAUUUCAAUGAACUGCGAACGCAGUAAGUACUGACGGUGCAAUGAAAUCGUGUAGAUUUAACUGUGAUUUAAUGUUGAAUAUGUGAAGUUUAUUGAAAUGGUAUUGAAUGUUUACAUUAUUUAGUUAAAUGUUCGGCAAAGCUCAAGGUUACCAGUUUUAUACGACAGAGUAUGUUUGUUUGUAAUUACCCCUUAUUGUUUGUAUAAUUUAUAAGCAUUGGUGCAUAUCAUGUGUAUAGAGCAGAUGAUU